CUUCAACAUUUGAGCCCCUCUGUACAGUGCAUAACUAUAAUAAUUUAUAAAGAAAUGACAAUAUCUACUGAAUCAGUUGUCGUAGUUUCAUUAGCUAAAUAGCUAGACCAAAAAAAGAAGAAAGAAAAUUGAGAAGAGGAUAAGGGGUUGAAAUUUCUGAAUGAAGACAAAGACAACAACACAAAAUUAAAAGUGGACCCACAAAUUUUUUCUAAUUUCAUUUGAGCCUGAAAACUUUAGAAAACUUAUUUAAUUAAUCUGUACUUGCGACCCAAAAUCCCAAUUCAAAGAAUUGGAAGAAGAAAUAACGUUUAAUGUAAAAAUUUAGAGGCAAAUUCAUACUAUUUGCAUUUGAGUACACAAACAUGUCUGCCAUUUCUUUCUCUAAAUUCACAGCCUCAGUAAUCUUCUCAUUAUCCAAUUCCACAUCCUCUCCUUGUUCAAUUUCUUCUCAUUUUUCUAGUUUGUAUCCUUCCCUUUUGCGGAAUUUCCCUUCUUGUUCCCAAUCGUUAUCUCGCUCUUCUCCUGGGAAACUCCAUUUCCGUUUCCACAUCCCAAGUUGUUCUUCCAAGUCUUCCGAGGCUGAAGAGGAAGAUGAGAAAGAGAAGGAGGAGGAGUCCUCUUCCCCGGAUGACGAGUGGUUGAAGAAACUCCCGGAAAAGAAGAAGCCCUUGUAUUCUCAUAGCCUCCCUUGCAUUGAAGCCUGGUUGAGAAGUUUAGGGUUUCAUCAGAGCACAGAAGACAGGGCUGUUUGGCUGGUGGAGAAGCAUGAAUGGCAUGCCCAACUCUCGCUUGAUGUAACUGAUCUCUAUAUAAGGUAUUUAAAGACUGGACCUGGAAACCUCGAAAAAGAUAUGGAAAGAAGAUUCAGUUAUGCACUGAGCAGAGAAGAUAUUGAGAAUGCUGUGCUUGGAGGACCUUAGACUUAGUCAUACUUGAGUUGAGAGUAUUUUUUUCUCCAUUGUAAGGUUUUGACUUUGCUAUAAUUUUUGGGAUGAAAUGAAUUUGUUUAGUGUUAGUAUAUUGGUUUUUACCAUUUUUGAAA